ACAGAAUACGGAACUGCGAUUGACGGUAUCGGUGUCUAGAAAACAAACAGGGAUUUAGUUUGUUAAAAUAUAAAACAAUAUGUCUGUAUUCGGCAAAUUGUUUGGCGGUGGAGGGAAAGGCGGCAAAGGCCCAACUCCACAAGAAGCAAUUCAGAAACUCCGUGAGACAGAAGAGAUGUUAGCCAAGAAACAAGACUUCUUAGAGAAAAAGAUUGACGCGGAACUACUAAUAGCAAAGAAAAACGGCACGAAAAACAAACGAGCUGCUUUACAAGCCCUGAAACGAAAGAAGCGAUAUGAGAAGCAACUCGCUCAGAUAGAUGGCACUCUUUCCACUAUUGAGUUCCAGAGAGAAGCAUUAGAAAAUGCCAAUACAAACACAGAAGUGCUUAAAAACAUGGGCUUUGCGGCCAAGGCCAUGAAGACAGCCCAUGAAAAUAUGGAUAUAGACAAAGUGGAUGACCUCAUGCAAGACAUCACAGAACAACAGGAGUUGGCACAAGAGAUUUCUGAUGCCAUUUCAAGGCCUGUAGGUUUUGGAGAAGAGUUUGAUGAGGAUGAGCUUAUGGCUGAGUUGGAGGAACUAGAACAGGAGGAGCUGGACAAGGACUUGCUGCAAAUCAGUGGCCCAGAGGAUGUGCCUCUGCCCAACGUGCCUUCAAACCCAUUACCCAAAAAGACAGCUGUCGCUCAGAAAAAGAGACAAGAAGAGGACGAGGAUGACAUGGAGGAACUCAAAGCAUGGGCCAUGUGAAUUAUUUAAUCUAAUAGACUAUCAUUUCCUGACCAGGUUAGCUUGUCUAGGCAUUCCCGAUCAACUUCAGUGGGUUAACACUACAAAACACAUUUUCUGAGUUUCCAUGUCUCUUUCAAUAUGUCUAAAGCAAGAGUUCAAAAAAAAAAGAGCGGAUCCGAAGCAAGUUAUUAAGACAAUAAAAUCUGACAAAACAUGUGAAGUGACCUUUAAACGUUUGUCAGCGAUUUUUACUUUGUGUGUAUGCAUCACAUUGUGCUUCUGAUUUUCACUCUUAUGAAAAGUAUGGUUAAUUGGGCUUCUCUACUCGUCAGAAAUGUGUUGUUUUGGCUUGUUGUAAACAUUGUGUUUGUCAGUACACAAGUUACAUGGUCAACUCGCUGUUUAAUAUACUUGGUACUGUUAUUUGCUUCAAUCUUUUAAACCUGAUGUGCUCUGCUAAAUCCAUUUUAGUCAGCACUUCUAACAACAUGAACAGGUUUUUGUAGAUUGUUGACAGUUUGGUAAUUAUUAUAGUUUGGUAAUGAAAACAAAUCAGAUUGGAAUAACUGACAUGAUUUUUGGCCUCAACUGCAUAUUUUCCUCAUAUUUUGAAGAUGCAAAAAUGCUGUAUCUAUUCAGGCUCAUGUACAUUUGUAUGUUUAAAAAUUUCAGGGGGGUUUUAUUUGGGAUCAUGACACUUUGGAUUCCUUUUUUCUAUCCUUAGUUAUGGUAGGAUUAUGAAUAUAUAAAGGGUAACUUCCAUCUUCCAUUUUGCACCUACAUUGUGCAAGAACAUUUAAAGAACUGUCUGCUGUGUUAUGUGCCUUAAUUAAUGGCAACUUGACUUUAUAUUGACUGUGUGUGGGGGAAAAAAGAGGGAGGCAUGGUGUAUGUACUUCAUCUAGUUAUUAAAUAAUUUCUCUCUGGUCUUGUUUUCUAUCUUUAUGUAGGUGUUUGUCAGGGCCAACAUUGAUUUUCAUUAAAGCACUGUUGUAUUUACAUUUCAA